GGCUUCUCAGAGAAAUCACGAUCGGAGGGCUUUAUGCGUAAGAGGCGGUAUGGUGGCCUUCCGUCGAUUUCGGCGGUGGCGUUUGGCAGAAGAGUCCGAUGAAGGUGGACGUGGAUCGGUAGUUUCCGGAACCAUACGGUAUCGGACAAAGCUGACAAGAAAUGGCGCUCAGGCCCGGACUUGUGAGGCGGUUUCUAUCCACUUCAGUAUUCUCUUCUCAAUCCUCUGCUUUUGCUUCUGCUUCGGCCUCUGAUGCUAAUGCUAAUGAUAAGCGUGCUGUCACUCCUUCGACGACCCUAUUUGUCCACGGGCUUAACAAGAGAACAACAUCAGAGAAACUUCAGGAAGCUUUCUCUCAAUUUGGCGAUGUUGUUCAUGCCAGGGUGGCGAGAGACCCUGCUACUGGAUACUCAAAGGGCUAUGGAUUUGUGACCUAUGCCACCUUAAAGGAUUCAGAGAAAGGAGUGAAAGGGAUGUAUGGAGAGAUUCUUGAAGGGUGGGUAAUUUUUGCUGAAUACGCUAUACCAUGGACUCCAGGACAGUCGGCAUCUCCAGAAACUUAACCCACCUUACUAGCUGAUGAUCAGUUAAAACCAAUUGAUUGGAUUGUGAACAUUUGAUAGCAGCUUUUACUGUUUGUGAAUGCCUUGGUUUGGCUUUCAGGAGAUUUGAUGGCCUACUAUUAAGGUUUUCCUGUGCCUCUGUGUCCUUACUCUGUAUAUAUGGAUUACUAUACAAUACUUCACAUUAUUUGAUCU